AUGAAAUUUCCAGAAGAAAAUCGGACUUGGCAGAUUAUCCAUACUGCUAGAAAAGGGGGCUACGCCGUUGGUGGAUUUUGCGUGUAUAAUGUAGAAGGCGUGCUGGCCGUGAUUCGAGCCGCCGAGCGAUGUCGUUCUCCGGCCGUGAUUCAACUCUUCCCUUGGUCUAUACACUUCCAAGGCCCUCCAUUUGUCAAAUACGUCUCUGAAAUGGCGCGAGCAGCCUCAGUCCCCAUAUCUGUUCAUCUCGACCACUGCCUCAAGCCUAGGGACGCCGAUCUUGCUCUUGAGUGCGCUUUCGAUUCUAUCAUGGUAGAUGGCUCAAUGUUUGAGGAAGAAGAGAACAUCAAGUAUGUCCGCUCCGUUGUUGACCGUGCUCGUGUCAAAAAUAUCACCAUUGAGGCAGAACUUGGACGCAUGGAAGGUGGCGAAGACGGUAUUCCCUUCCUAGACCUCGAGAGUGUCUUGACGAAGCCCGAACACGCAGCACGAUUCAUUAGGGAGACUGGCACCCAUUACCUAGCUCCGAGCUUUGGUAACGUCCACGGCCCAUAUGGGCCAGGAGGCGCCGAGAAGUAUUGGCAGCUGGAUAGACUUGAAAAAAUCCACAAAGUGGUCGGCACCGACGUUCCCCUCGUUCUUCAUGGAACGCACCCUCUUUCAGACGAGCUCGUCCAGCAAUCCAUAAAACAAGGCAUGGUCAAGAUCAACCAGAAUAGAAAUGUGCGGCUUGAUUUUCAUCGGUACAUCGAAGGAAAUUGCUCCAAAGUCGACCUCACGGUCCUGCAGUCUCAGGGGGUUGAAGUUUACAGCAAGGAGAUUGAACGCAUGAUGGUGGAAGUUUUCAAGUCUGCAAAUAAAGCAUAG